AUGACGAAUCUCCAAUUUCCACUCCACCUUUUCGCCAUUGCCCUAUGCCUCUCAUCACUUUCGCAAACCUCAGCUCGCUUCUUCCCCAACAUCUCCUCCAUACCAUCCUACCUCGUCCCAAAUGCCACCAUUCCUGGUGCUUGGGACGCCUUCAAAAACUUCGGCAACUGCCACGCCGGCGAAAAAGUCGAUGGCCUCGGUAAGCUCAAAAAGUACUUCAACCGCUUUGGCUACAUUCCAAAUUUACCUACAGCCAACCUCACCGACGACUUCGACGACGACCUCGAAGCCGCCCUUAAAACCUACCAAACGAACUUCAACCUCAAUGUCACCGGUGAGCUCGACGGCCCCACCGUCGAACACCUCGUCAAACCCCGAUGCGGCAACCCCGACAUAGUCAACGGCACCACCACCAUGAACUCCGGAAAACCAGCGUCGUACAACGCCACCAAGUUCCAUACCGUCUCUCACUACACUUUCUUCCCCGGCACGCCCGUCUGGCCGCAGAACCGCCGCGACCUCACUUACGCUUUCGUGCCAGAGAAUGAGCUCUCCGACCCGGUAAAAGCCGUGUUCGUCAGCGCCUUCCAACGGUGGUCGGAGGCGACGACGUUGACUUUUACAGAAACUACCACUUUCGACUCGGCGGACAUCAAGAUAGGAUUCUUUAAGGGCGACCACGGCGACGGCGAGCCGUUCGACGGGGUUUUGGGGACUCUUGCGCACGCGUUCUCGCCCCCGAGCGGGAGGUUCCACUUGGACGGCGACGAGAACUGGGUCAUCACCGGUGACAUCAGCAAAUCCUCCAUGACGUCGGCCGUUGAUCUGGAGUCCGUCGCGGUGCACGAGAUCGGACAUCUGUUGGGGUUGGGGCACUCGUCGGUGGAGGGGGCGAUUAUGUACCCGACGAUCGCGUCGCGGACGAAGAAGGUUGAGCUAGCAAACGACGACGUCUUGGGAAUCCAGUCGCUGUACGGCGCCAAUCCCAGUUACGACGGUACGACUAGUUCGUCUACGCCGUCCAACCAGGCGAGGGACACGUCUGCUGCAGGGGACCACCUGGGUUCCACUCCGCGUUUGUGGGGCCCCAGUGUCGUGUUGGCAGUUGGAUUCCUGUUACUAUUGUUUUAGUUUUUCUCUUUAAUUUCUGGUUUAUUGACUAGGAUUAGAUUUACCGAUUAUUUAUUACAUUUUUUGGUUUGGA